CCCUAUAGAAGAGAGCGUUUUCGCCCACUCGUCGCCCAUCGUCACACACCUCACGUUGAAGAUUCAUCAGUGCAAACACGUCGUUUGUCCAAGCCCGUGACCCCAAAAUCGUGCCUGCGGUUCACACACGACGGUUCCCGUCCAUCAGUGAAGCGGCACCCCACCGGCUAGCUCAGGGUGGCAAGGAUGGCUACGCAGGCGGAUGAUUGGGGCAAUCAACCUUCUGGUGGUGAAGAGGCUGGCGACCGCCACGUGUCGAUCAUUGGUGUGCUGGCAAUUCAAGGAUCCUAUAGAGAGCACUGCGCGGCUUUGCGGCGCUGCGGUGUCCAAGCCAUCGAGGUGCGCAAGGCGGAACAGUUGACACGUGUCUCGGGGCUAAUCAUUCCUGGCGGGGAGAGCACGACGAUGGCUAAUGUGGCCGAGAGGAACGGGCUGAUCGCUGCCUUACGUGGUUUUGCCCAAUCAGGAAAGCCCAUGUGGGGUACGUGCGCGGGGCUGAUCUUCCUGGCCAACCGGGCGACCGGUCAGAAGAAGGGCGGUCAGGCCUUGCUCGGAGGGCUUGAUUGCAAAGUUCACAGGAACUUCUUCGGAAGCCAAAUCAACAGCUUCGAGACGGAGCUGCCAGUCCCAUCCCACUUUCCCGCCAAAAGUCCCGAUCAUUUCCGCGCCAUUUUCAUUAGAGCGCCAGGCAUUUUGGAGGUGGGAGAGGGGGUCGAGGUGCUGGCGGAGUGUCCGGUACCGGAGGGGAUGGUGGUCCCGACCGCUGAAGUGGAUGAGGGCAUGAUGGUGAUCCCCACCGCUGUUGACGUGGAUAAGGACAAGAUCCACGCUCCACGUGAGCCGACGACAGCACCAAGCUGUGGGGACAACCAUUCUCGGGACAAAGUGAUCGUGGCAAUCAGACAGGGCCAUCUACUGGGCACAGCAUUCCACCCUGAGCUCACGUCAGAUCUGCGCUGGCACCUGCUGUUCCUCGAUAUGGUCAGGUGUUCGAAUCCCAAAACAAUUCCGAUGGAGGAGGUUGAGGAGGAAGGAGCACUCGCUGCUGGUGGUGGUGGGGGCGAGGAGGGGGGAAAGAAGGCAGAUUCUGCUCGGGCGGCCACCACCACCACUGCGUCCUUCACAUUCCCCUCCAUGUGCCGACCUGAAGACCUGCCCAUCUUUCGAGAGGAGAGAAACAUGGAAUUCGAGUUGAUAUAGCAUGCCACGUGUAACACAUUGGAGGAGUUCGGUGCCACGAGUCACAUGCAGAGCACUUGACUUUAGGUAGCAUGCCACGUGUCUCACGCAUGGAGUUGGAGUUAUUAUAGCAUGCCACGUGUCUCACAUGUGGAGGAGUCGAGUUGUUAUAGCAUGCCAUGUGUCACACUUGUGGAAUAGGAAUUAGAAUAGCAUGCCACGUCUCUCACACGUGGGGAAGUCCACGUUUAGCAUCCCACGUGUCACAGAUGUGGACUUGGACGACUUUGAUAGUAUGGCUCGUGUCAUACACGUGGAAGAAGCAGUUGUUUUAUAGUAUAGGGAGGAAGGAGCACUUGGUGGUGACUGGGGGGGGAAGGGGGGGCAGGGGGGAGGAGAGGAGAACGCAGAUACUAGUCAGGUCGCCACCACUGCUGCGCCAUUUGUGUUCCCCUCCGUGUGCCGCUAUGGAAGACAUGCCAUCUUUCGAGAGAAGAGACACAUGGAGCUGGGCCUGUCAUAGCAGGCCACGUGUCACACAUGUGGAGUGCGGGCUUGCUUCUUAGCAUGCCAUGACAUCACACAACGGAGCUUCUUAGCAUGUCAUGACAUCACACAACGGAGUGUCCGCUGUUGGCGCGUAUCAGCAUGCCAUGCCACGUGUCACACGAGGCGGAGUGGGAGGGAUUUUCAUUCUCACACACACACACACACACACACACACACACACACACACACAUGCACACACACACACACAGACGUGCAGAAAGGCAGGUGGCAAAGAUUAGCGUUGUGCAUGCAGAAGCCUCCUUCAGUUUGCAAACAUUUUUUCAAAAGAAAGAAGCAUUGUGCAAAGCAAAUUGGGGGGAGGCAGAAAGAAGCAUUGUGCAAAGCAAAUUGGGUGAGGCGGAAAGAAGCAUUGUGCAAAGCAAAUUGGGUGAGGCGGAAAGAAGCAUUGUGCAAAGCAAGUUGGGGAAGGCAGGCUUAGGAGGGGAAGAAAGGCUUCGGUUGCCGGGGAUCGCUGCUGCUGCUACUACUACCACUACUUCAAUGGUGCGCUCAUCGUCUCUCGAGUUGGCAAAAACGAGAGAGAGAGAGAGAGAGAGAGAGAGAGAGAGAGAGAGAGAGAGAGAGAGAGAGAGAGAGAGAGAGAGAGAGAGAGAGAGAGNGAGAGAGAGAGAGAGAGAGAGAGAGAGAGAGAGAGAGAGAGAGAGAGAGAGAGAGAGAGAGAGAGAGAGAGAGAGAGAGCGUAAUUGUACACAGCGCAGAGGUUGGGAAGAGAGGCUGCUGGGGAUUGUCAGACGUGAAGGCGAGAUGUAGUAGUAGCGCGGAUGAGGAGAUCCUUGUGGAGUUUUGUUCUAUUCAACGAAUUGUUGUUGUUGUUUUUGUACGUUUGAAGUUUCCAAUUUAAUUAGAGAUCGUGAGACUACUGCACAGACGGCUACAUUCUUUUUAAAGUAAAGUUGUAAUACAUUG